AUGCGUCUCCAAAUUCUAACCGGCGCUCUUGCGCUCAGUGGCUCAGCUGCUGCUUUCUCCGAUUCAUGGCCCCUUGUCAUGUUCUCUACCUCCCAGUUUUCCGAUGCACCCAGCAGCAACCAACUUCAGACGCGAUCUCAGGCCCUCGAGCAGGUCAAGGACCUUUUGACUUCAUGUCCGACCGACAACUACGUCUUGAUUGCACAAGAAGGCGCCAACGCAGCCGACAUUCGACGACCGGACGCCAAGUCCAACCUUCACCAAGCUAUCGCGCGCAAGGAGAUCCAGGGCAAGUUCAUUGUGCCUGAGGUCAUCGGAGAAUCGAUUGAUGCGGAUGCGAUUCAAGAUUAUAUCCAGACGGCGUGUUAUGAGCAGGCAAAGAAGGUCGAGCCUCAUUUCACCCUUAUUAAGGCGGAAGACGAUAAGGAAGCUACCAAGCAGUGGGCCUCGAACGAAAAGUGGAUGAAAGACUCCUACACCGUUCUGUUUGUCGGUACACCCUCCACCAAGGCCAAGACCGCCUCUACAUCGAAGAAGGCUUCCGGCUCCGAGAAGACCAUCUACGAGUCCGAAUUCAUCGAGCCUCUGCACAUGGACUUGAAGCGUGAUGUCUCGGAUGGUUCCAAGGCUGGCAAUAACACCCGUGAUACUCGUGGCUUGUUCGAGAAGUACCAGUUCUUCACUCCUGGUAUCUUCAUGGCUCUCAUCACCGCUAUCGUUCUAUUCUCCAUCCUAGGUGUCGGUCUCCGGGCUCUGGCUAGUCUCGAGGUCUCCUACGGCGCUUUCGAGAAGGAUAUGGGACCCGCUGCGCAGAAGAAGCAGCAGUAA